GCUAAAACCGGCAAUGGCCGGCUCCCCGGAUAACCGUCCACCUCCUCCUUGUCUGCAUCUCCCUCCCCGCAAUCUGGGAAACCUGGGGGCAGGUGUCUAAGCUCAGCUGGAAUGAAGCUCGUCUCCUCAGGUUUUGACUGCCUAACCCUAGAAGGACAACACCUUGUUGUCUCGAUCGCUUCUCACUACGUUGGACUGAUUCACAAUUCCUUCAUCUUGUGAAUUGGUUCAUUGGAAGCUGCACGAUGCGGGCCCCUACGACGUUGCGGACUAUCAGGCUCGUCCAGCGGCGCGGCUUCGCGACGACGCCGCGGCGGCUGGAGAGCUAUGGCUUCAUCGGACUCGGACAGAUGGGUUACCAAAUGGCUAAGAACCUUCGGUCGAAGCUAAGUCCCGAGGAUGAGAUCCGCAUCUUCGACAUCAACAAGGCCGCCGUCUCGAACCUGGCCGAGGAGAUGGAACAGUCGCAGGCCGGCGGCGCAAAAAUAGCCGUCGUCGGCACCGCGAGAGACGCCUCGACGGACGCUGACACCGUGAUCACCGUUCUCCCCGAGCCAUCUCACGUGAAAUCCGUCUACGCCUCCAUCCUCGCCGACCUCCCGCCUAGGAAGCGCAUCUUCAUAGACUGCUCCACCAUCGACCCCUCCUCCUCGCGCCAGGUCGCUGCUGCUGUGGUCGCCGCCCAGCCCGAGGGCCAAGGCAUCUUCGUCGACGCGCCUAUGUCGGGCGGCGUCGUCGGCGCUACGGCGGGCACCCUGACGUUCAUGCUCGGCUGCGACGCCGCGCACCUCGCGGUCGUCGAGCCCACGCUUCUGCGCAUGGGCCGCCGUGUGCUGCACUGCGGACCGCAGGGGACAGGCCUCUCGGCGAAGCUGGCCAACAACUACCUGCUCGCCAUCAACAACAUUGCGACGGCCGAGGCGAUGAACCUGGGCAUUCGGUGGGGGCUGGAUCCCAAGGUCCUCGCCGGGGUGAUCAACGUCAGCACGGGCAAGUGCUGGCCCAGCGAGGUUAACAACCCCGUCGGGGGCGUCGUCGAGGGGAGCCCCGCGGGGCGGGACUACAAGGGCGGCUUCGGGAUCGGGCUGAUGCGCAAGGACCUCGGCCUGGCCGUCGUCGCGGCCGAAGAGGCGGGCGCGAAGUUGGAGCUGGCGGGAAAGGCGACCGAGGUGUAUGCCGCGGCCGAAGGGCGGGAGGACUGCAAGGGGCGAGACUUCUCCGUGGUGUACCGGUACUUGGGUGGCAAAGAGUGAGUAUCGACCGAUUCUGGCUCGGCUACGCGGAUCGAAAAGAAAUAUUAGAAUGUUUCUUAGAGAGAGAGAGAGAGAGACAGAGAGAGAGAGAGAGAGAGAGAGAGAGAGAGAGAGAGAG